AUGUCUUCGACAAGCGUGAUGAAGAUAAUGAAGAAAGUCCUGCCUCCCGGAGCGAAAAUCUCCAAUGAGGCUAAAGAAUACGUCCAGCUCUGCGUGACGGAGUUUAUAACCUUCAUCACUAGCGAGGCCAAUGAUAAGUGCAAGAAUGAGCACCGGAAGAUUAUCUCUCCGGAGGACGUUAUUUCGGCUAUGAACACGCUAGGGUUUGACGAUUACAUAGAACCCUUGGAGCUUCAUCUCCAGCAUCACCGGGAGAAUUCUCGCGGGGGAUCAUCAUCAGUUGCUCGAAAUCUGGCGGUUCAACCCUCGGCCUCCUCGGCUGCCAGCUGGCCAUUGGGCCCCAAUGUUGCGCCUCCAGCUUUCGGUGCCUUUGCUGCUCCACCUCCUGAUCAGAUGGGGCGACAUUGUUACCCGCCGGCCCCUGGAUUCUUUGGAGCUGCUCCCUCAGAGGGUUUUCCGGCUGCAGGGACUUAUGAUCAGCUUCCAAUGUUCAAUGAUAACCCAUCUAUCGCGGGCGGGUAUCCCUCCGGAGAGCCGGGGCAGGGAUCUGGGGAAGGGAUGGACAAUGGGCAGGGUUCUGUGUGGGUAGUUGUUGUAAUUAGUUGCUUUUGUUUGUUGGAUGUUAAAUUGUGA